AAGAGUGAGUUCAAGGGGCCCCAAAAGUAGGAAGUGAAGUCAAAAAAAGUCAUGGAAGUCCCGGCAAUCACGUGGGACCUUGCGGGCCAUUUUAAGGACUUUGGUUUUGACGCUGAAUGAGCUGGGGGACUUGGGGCAGAAUGGCUAGAACUGAUGUAUAUUUGAAAUGGCUCUCUCUGGCUGAAGCAUAGAGAAGGAAAGGGGCAAGGGUGGAAGCUGGGAGAAUAGGCAGGAGGCAGUUGCAAUGACCCAGGCAUGAGACAAGAAGGGGGAGGUGUUGGAAUUGUGAGAAAGAAGCAGGACGGUGCAGAUGCUUUUAUGGCUGAGCCAACAGGCUGGCUCAUGGACUGGACGUGUCCGUGUGGCACCAAGGGCAACUGUAGGGCUUGGGGUCUGGGACACUGGGGGGAAGCCAUGGCCAUCAGCAGCAGUCGGAGAGGCUGUGAAUGGAGCAGGUGGCAGGGAGAAGAUCGGGAAUUCCGUCUUGGAUGUCCUACCUCCAAGAUCGCUGAUGAAGAUGUAGGGAGCUGCUGCCUCCCUGGAUGUUGGAUACUGAGUCCCAGAAGUCCCCCAAGGGGAGAUGGCCAACACCACCCUUUGACCCGCGCUUCCCCAACCAGAACCAGACCCGUAACUGCUACCAGAACUUCCUGGACUACCACCGCUGUGUCAAGAAAAUGAACCGCCACGGGAAAAGCACGCAGCCCUGCGAGUAUUACCUCCGCGUGUUCCAGUCGCUGUGCCCCAGGAGCUGGGUGCAGCGCUGGACCGAGCAGAUCCAGGAUGGGACCUUCGCGGGUAAAAUCUGACGGCCUGCGUGCGGACCCCCCGAAGGGUCAGCGCACUGACACCCCCAAACCCCCACCGUACUCCAGUCCCGCGGAGACUCUUCUAAGCCGCAAACAAAGCUAUGUCGCUGCUGA